AUGGAGCCCCCAAAAGACCUUGUCAUCGCCAUCUCAGGCGGGUUUUCGGUUCACGGGAAAAAAGGCAAAACGAACAAGGCUCUUAAGCAGCAAGACAUUAAGAUGUUCUUCAAAGACAAGGGGGUCAUAGCUUAUCUAUCCCAGGAAAUUGGGAAUUCUGGGAAGAUACAGGAUGACAAAUGGAAUGUCCUGUUGUCAUCUGACGACAAUAAAGGGGGGGAAACAGCUAUAUUUAAGGGAGCUAAACAGAAAGGGCUCUGUAUUCUGGGUGAAGCCUGGCUCCAAGGAUGCAUUGAUGAAGACAAAGUUAUUCAGCCACGAGAGGAGCACUUUCGCCAAAAACCUACCAAACGAGCUUACUCCACUCCUCACAGAACUCCAUCGGUCUUUGAGUACCUGAAUUCAGAGAAGGAAGGCACGUCAGAUGAAACAAAUGAAAAGGACAGAGAAAGGGCAGAGAAGAAGAGGAAAGGGCAAGAGGAGAAGGAACGGAAAAGCAAAGAAAAGGGGGAGGCAGAAGAAAAGAAGAGCAGGGAGGAAGAAGAGAAGAGGAAAGAGGAAGAAGAGAAGGAGGAGGAGGAAAAAAAGAAGAGGAGGGAGGGAAAAAAGAAGAGGGGGGAGGAAGAAAAAAAUGGCGAGUCCGGAACCGACCUGUCCGGAAAUGACGGGUCUGAAACAGAGUCUUCGGGCGAAGAAAGUGACGGCGCAACAAAUUCGUCAAGUGGAGGGGAGGAAAGCGACACGGAUAUGGAUUCAGAUGAAGAGUUUCAGCAAUUCUCUCAGAAUGUUGACCCUGCAGUUCGGGAAAGGAUGGAGUGCUCUCGGAGCCGUGUCUCUCGAGCAAACACGCUGAGCGAAGACGGCGACGAGCUCAGCAAGAUACUGUUUACCCUAUGUCAACGUGAAAAUAUGAAUCGUGUUUAUGUCGGCGGCAUGUUCGAUCUUUCAAUGUUUGGCCCAGACAUAUCUACCUGGUCGCCGAGGUUUGCGCAUUAUACUGCCCACGUCGAUCAUGCUAGCAUUGGGUUCUGUCAGGAUGCUGCGCUGCCUGUCGUGCGAGUGGCCAGACAAAUGCCUCCUGGGUUAGAAAUGCGCAUCCAAUUUGUCUUGUUGACGUAUAAAGACGCUAAAUUUGCCCUAGAAAGUAUGUCAAUCUUUCUGCCACGUCGUCAACAGAUCUUGCUCAAAGAAGUGUUCGACAAGGCUUGGCAGGAAGACGGACUUUCCGAUGACCUGCGGCAGUGA